GGAGACAAAAAAAGUCUGUUCAAGAGACCACUGGAGAGCAAGUGAAUCGCCAUCGCAUAUUCUGUGGAGAAGUCAUGGGUCUGUGAAUACUGAGUCUGGUUGUUGAGAGGAGAGUCGUCUCCAUGCGUCGAAUAUGAAAUUAUAACAUUUGUCGAAUUUAGCACAACGCUUUCCCUAUCAUCUCCGUCGAUUCAUCCCGUGAUUCUGGAAGAACGUGCUGUUCAUGCAUUGAUUGAUGAAUAAAAUUAAACUUUCUCAACAUGAUACAGGACCCUUUUUCUUUCCGCUUAUAUAUGUAUUGUUCCCCCUCAAUUAUCUCCAUGUCAUCCAAGCACGCCCCCAUACAUAUGAUAUUUCUGGUGACAAAUGUUCAUAUUGUGACUUUUUUAGCUGUGUAGGGUCCUAUCCAUGUCAAACUUAUUCUCAUUUUCAUUUUCGAUUCGGAACAUAAAGAUACGAAGCUGAUUAUCCUAUCAAUCGUUGAGCACUCAAAUAGAUACAAAUGGUAGCAUGCUAGAAUGAUUUCUACUAGUCUGCUUAUUCGUCCAUCGUUGUAGUUGCAUCAUCUGUAUUCCUUCGUCUCUGCUAGUUGGUUGGCAGAAGAGCAAGCGCGUCUUCCUAGAGGUCAUCUUCGUACUAUAAGGUUAUUUAGGUUUGAUGUUGUAUUAGGAAGAAAACAACCGAGAAGAUGAAGGUGAGACAAGGGAGGAGCGGCAUCGUCCACAAGGACCCAUGUGCCAUGUGUGGCGAGCCCCUCAAAGACAAGACAGAGGAGAAGCUAGUCUCCAGGACGAACAACAUUCUCAUGGGAAUCCUUCGCUAUUACAGCAGGUUAUACUAUGGGGUCGACGAUUGCACAAACAUGAGUGAAGGUAUUUCUACGGAUAUUCUUUUGAUAAUAUCUAACAUAUCAAGUUAGAAGUACUGGAGGAAGCCUUAUGAAAUGCGAUACUGCUUUAUGGUUCUCGUCGUGCAUUGACUUGAUUCUAGUACUAGUUCACCAACAAAUCUUGCAAAAAUCUUCAUCGAUGUUGAUUUCCGUCGAUUCCAUCAGAGUUAGUUACAACAAACCACUUCAGUUACUAUCGAAUUGAAGUCGAAUGCCUCAUCAAGUGACGAUGACGAGGACCGAAAAGAGUUCCAGGAGUAUGUCGACUCCGAUGAUGGAAAGGAAGGCUGGAAAGAACCUCUGGGAAAGGAAGGAUACCGAUACUGGAAGAUGUUCCUCAUAUUCGCCUGCACCUGCUUUGGCAUUGGAGCAACAAUGCUAGCCUUAGACGUACUCUUACAAAAAUACCACGUAGCUUCAUUGAUUUCCUUUUAUUUUUGAUGAAACCUAGAUUAGAAGAGGUUGACCCGAGAUGAACAACUAAUUUCUUUAAACGUAGGUUCAACAGAUGUGUAGCAAGUACAAUUGUACGAGGGAAGGAGGUUUGUAUCUGAAUCUCAAUGCAUGUAAUGAUUGUGAGUAAUUCACAUUAUUUUGAAAAUUCAGCUAUCAAAAGCGAUACCGGACAAGACCGGCGGAGGAGGUGGUGGUGGUGGCGGCGGCGGAGAAGCAGCACCAGCAGCGGCAAAAGCAGCAGCAUCGUUUGUAGAAACGGCAUUGCCAAGCAAUAGCGGAACCGCGAAAGAGCAGGCCGAAAAAGAGCAAGUGGUGGUCUAACUCAUUACGAGAAAACUAGGGUAAGAUUAGUUUUGUCGGAGAAGAAGAUAACGUCGAAUGAAAACGAAUCGUUGUAUCUUCUUCUACUUCAAAUCAUGAGUUCUCGUCGGAAAAAUUAGCGCCGCCACCGCAUUGCUUCGGUGGUACAUGAUAAUGCAAACAACACAGUGAAUCAGCACGACGCUUUUAGCCAGUUCUGUAUUCAAAAUUGAAAAAUUACAAUUGAGUUGAGACGUCUGCCUGCAGAAUGUCAAUGUCUAUUUUGAUAGCAUAAGCAUAUAAUUAACACAUUCAUACAUACUAGAAUCCACUUACAUUCUUCAUAUUCGAAUCUACUCCAUGUUGAAUAGCAAUCAUUUAUGUACUAAUGGAAAGCACAGCACUCAUUGAGCCGAAAUUACUAUACAACCAGGCUGGUCUAGAUAGGAUUACAUACAUGCUAGCAAAAGGCAAUUCGUCUGAAAUUGAAUCAUAUAUAGGCCGUGCGUAGCACGUCGUGUUGCUAAUGCCUUAUUGGAAUUGAAAUCGUAUAUUCUAUCGAUGAGAUGAACAUGAAAGCUGACAUCUAUGUUCUUGAAAUAUUCGAUCUGUUACCGAUGAAUCGUGACCAUGAAUAUCAUGGCAUGCUUGUGUAUAGUCCUAUCUUCUUAAGCUACUCAGAGGUACUCGACAUACUAGUAGAACGCGCAAGAUCUUGGAUGAGGAUGAGCGGCUUCACCAGCCGAGGGCGUGCUGUAAUGUGCCGAGCAAGAACAUUAAAGAAUGCAAUAGUCCCCGUGAUCCACCUGUACAUAACAAGGGAAAGCAUUUCUUCUUCGUAUGGCCGUCCAAAAUACAGUCGUCUAAAAGGCAAAAAGAAUAUCGAUAUGUGACAAAAUAAAUUAAUGGACCACGACACGGAUGAAUCAAAAUGCAUGAGUGAAUGAACAAGCAGGCAUAAUGACAGAUCGAGUUUUCUUGUGUCUUGCUCGAGGUACGAGAUUGGUGCUCAAGU